GUUGUACUGUUCAACCCCUCCUUCUUCCGUCAAUACGGACACCGAGAACCUCGUUCUCAUGAUGACUUCAGUACGCCCUUGGCGGCAUACUUCCAGAAGCCCGGGUAUGGGUUCUUUGAUUACCUGCGGGACCGUCCCAGCAUCCAACAGCUCUUCAUCGCGUCGAUGAAGGCGCAUCCAAGAAAGACUAAUCUCUCCUGCUCAGUGUAUGAUUACCAAGCCCAGUUGAGACUGGUAGACGAUGACCCGUCGAGCGUUGCAAUCGUGGAUGUCGGUGGAAGCCGAGGCGAGCUUCUCCAGGAGAUCCGCUCUCGUUACCCCCAACUGAAAGGGCGGAUGAUAGUGCAGGAUCUGGCGUCUACAUUUCAAUCCAUGUCGGAUUCGCCGGCUGGAGUGGAGUUGAUGGUUCAUGAUAUCUUCAUAGAGCAGCCGGUUAAAGGAGCGGCUGCCUAUCACUUAAAGAGGAUUCUGCAUGACUGGAGCGAUGAUAAGUCUCGGAUCAUUCUGAGGCACUUGGUGUCCGCGAUGGAUGCAAAGCGGUCCAAAAUCCUAAUCAUGGAUGCAGUGUUGCCUUCGACGAAUCUCACCCUAUCCGAGGCCAUGAGUGAUCAUUCCAUGUUGACCUUUGGAGGCAAGGAACGCAGCGAGAACGAAUGGAAGGAGUUGUUGUCGAGUGUCGGGCUGGAGAUCCUCCAAAUCUAUCGCGGACCCGAGCCAGAGGCACUGCUUGAGUGUCGGAAAGUUGAGACUUUGAUCUGA